AUGAAGGCCGGCUUGCCGAGAAUAGGGUAUACGCCAUGCCUCCCACCCUUUCGCUCCUUUGCUUGCUUUCCAGGGUCUUGUGUCCUUUUCGACGCAUUCUUCAUCGGCCCGCAUACUUCCGAACAUAACGAAGUAGCUGAGCGAAAUCAUUGCAACAUUUUUGAGACAGCUCAAGCUCAUGCGCUUUAUACCUCUAUAAAGAAUAGAGGUGAUAAAGUACAGUACAUAGUCCGUUUUAGGGAUUGGCGACUUACCCAUUCAGUGACUUUGGCACUGGAUGUUCCCAAAAUAAAAUGGGUACUAUCGGCAGUAUGUUCCGUGUCCAAAAUAUGGAAGAAGGAGGUGUUUCCACGACUCUACCACCCUUCUGUUCCACUUAAUCCCUAUUUCAUGGCCACAUAUCUUGAUAUGGAUAGUCUGAUGGCUAGGGACGAAAUGGAUUGGUUCCUCAGAGCUGGUUCGGGAGACCUGGAAAGAUCUUGUUUUGGUACUCCCGAUGGGAAUGGAAAGAGAGAAGAUGGUGCUUCUUACCCGCUUGGAUAUCCAGAUAUGGGCUAA